AUACAAUUAUUCAUAAAAAUGAUUCAUGAAAAUGAAACUGAUGAACCAACUUCGUGUAAGAUUUACAAUUAGUGGUUUUCUUCAGAGACCACCACAUAUGGAUUGAAAAUAAACCGAAACUUGAAUUGUUGAAUAAUGUGAAAGAUUAAUAAAUAUCUUACAAACAGAUGUGUAAACGUGUCAUGACAGAAGAAUUGACCCAUGCACGAUUUGAAGCUGACCAAGCAUUCCUGGAUCCGUCUUACACGAUAAACAAUGGGGUGUACGAUCUGGAAAGAUUUCGCUUACUCGCUGAUAGGAUCAAGCCACUUUUGGGUCCGUGCCUGGAGAAGAGAAUUAAUUCUGGACUGGAGGAAUUUGUUUGUAAAUCGAGUUCCAGGUACUCUAAACGAUUCCCACGCCUGAAGAGAUGCUUGGACGCAGUUGCCGCUUGGUUGAACUACUUAGACGCGUUUCGCACCAAGGACAUCGAGGAGGAAGCGAUUAAGCACGCGAUCGAAUAUCUGCUGAAAGACGGCCGAGUGACACAUUUAGAGGAUCCGGUCGUUCUGAAUGCUGGAAUAAAUAGGGUGGACCUCGAUUCCUUGACCGAGCAGAAUGCCAUGAAGAAUAGGAACGUGUGGAGCUUUAUCAAGGAAAAAGAUUAUUGGUUGUGCCAUGAUCAAGAACAAACUACAAGUACUUGCAAACCGCCACCAACAAUCAAUUCUCAAAUUCAAGAGUGUAAAAGAGAAAAUAGUAGCAGUGAUUUGGACGUAGAAAUCGGUUCAAGUAAACAAGAAGUUCCAACUAAAGUCACUUGUAAAAAAAUUUUCAAUAAGGACACUUGUCGCGAACAGAAAAUUGAAACAAAGUAUCAAUGUGACCAAGAAAUCAUUUCCUGUUCGAAACAGAACAUUGUAAACCAAUCAAAAAAAGCUUCAGUCACAAUCAACGAACCCAAAUUACUCCAAACAAGAGAAAACUUAUCAAAACCAAGUACAAGAAUACCAUACGACCUACAAAUUAGUUGCUGUUCAAAGCAGAAUAAUCUGAAUCCGUUAGAAGAAGCUUCAACUAUCAUUAACGAACCCAAACCUCUUCAAACAAGAGAAAACUUACCAAAACCAAGUACAAGAAUACCAUACGACCUACCAAUUAGUUGCUGUUCAAAGCAGAAUAAUCUGAAUCCGUUAGAAGAAGCUUCAACUAUCAUUAACGAACCCAAACCUCUUCAAACAAGAAGAAAUUUACCAAAAUCAAGUACAAGAAUACCAUACGACCUACCAAUUAGUUGUUGUUCAAAGCAGAAUAAUCUGAAUCCGUUAGAAGAAGCUUCAACUAUCAUUAACGAACCCAAACCUCUUCAAACAAGAAGAAAUUUACCAAAAUCAAGUACAAGAAUACCAUACGACCUACCAAUUAGUUGCUGUUCAAAGCAGAAUAAUCUGAAUCCGUUAGAAGAAGCUUCAACUAUCAUUAACGAACCCAAACCUCUUCAAACACGAAGAAAUUUACCAAAAUCAAGUACGAAGAUAUCAGAAAUCACUUUUUGUUUUAAGCAAAACUCUGUGAACCCAUCAAAUGAAGCUUCAAUCACCACCUACGAUCCCAAACUUCUUCAAACAAGAAGAAACAUUCUAAACCCAAGUACAAAGUUACUAUCCAACUGUAAUGAAAAUUGUGAUCAAAAUUUGUGUCCAAAAAGUUCCAAAUUAAAGCUGGUAAUUCAUAAAACAACAAACACAAACCGUUGCACACUUUGGAAGUCUGCAAAGGUAUCCAGUCUUUCUGUACCUUGCAAAUCUAGUCACUUAAUUGUUCGUCUCUUCGAGGCAGAUCCAUCUUUAUCAGACUCCUGUUUGAUCCUCAUGAAACGAAAAUUUGAGCACGAUAUUCGCAAUGCUUGCUCCUGUCUUAACGAUAUUUUCAAGAAGUUAGAUAAUUCGACGAUGAAGAGACUGUGUCUGAACUGCCAGAUACAUCCGGGUCGAAUUGAUUUGAACCUCCAACGUGACGAUGGGUCAUCGAAAGUCCGGUUGUUCUUGGCACGAGUGCCAAUCUGUUUGAGCGUCCACAAGCGUGAAUCUUCUUGCAGAAAAAACAUAAAAUCUGAAGAAUCUCAAGGUACGAAUAAGAAUCUUGAUUACUGCUGUAAGGAGGAAUUUCAGGAACGACAGAUUGCUUUCUACUCUCAGUGCUCCAAUCAUGAUUUGAUGGAAAAGAAAAGGUCUCCGAAAGACAUUAUGGGAAAAGAGGUGAAUUUUGUGUGGUUGAAGAAAGAGACAAAGGAAGUUGACUUCGUAUUGUCUUCCUCUUUCACGAGAUCGAAGAUCAACGAGGACCUUGAAGAAAAUUUUAUUUCUUGCACGAAGGGAGAUUGCAUCAAAGUUUAUGACGAAGAAAAUGCAGGAAAAAAUAACAGCUAUGCAAAUUCAUCGAUUACGGAGGAUGAUAAUCAAAGAAUGGAUGACAUUUGCACUUAUUCUUCUUCGCGUAGUUCGAUAGGACAAGACAAUUCGACGAUAGGGGGUUGCGAUCCUGAGCAGUGUUCCUGUCACGUUCUGUGUACAAACAAAGAUAAAUUAGAGUUGGAAAAUUCUAUAAAGGAAGAAAAGUGUGUUACUCGAUCAGAAAAUAUCAUCGAAAAGGAAGAUAACAGGCUGGAGAAUUGUCCAGAAGCUGAAGAAGACAUUUCUAAAACAAAAGGUAACGACCUUCGAGUACAGGAUUUUUCAAAAUUGGAAAGAAAUAUUGUCACUGUAAGAAGUAGUACUCUUCAAGUACAGAAACUGUUGAUUACAACAGAAAUUUCAGAAACGAAGAAAAAUUCUGAAAUGAAGGAAACACGUAGCAUUGAUUACAUUUCUUCGACCGUUUCCAAAAAUAAUUCGAAAAUAAGUUGCGACAGCAAGUGUUCUCGUUGUGGCAAAGACUUAUCCGAGGAAGGGAGCAAAAAUAUCACAAAGUCUUUCGACACUGAAACUUGCAGGACCUUGAACUCUAUUUCAAAAAGAAAUAUGAACUUGAAGGAAUCUAUGGAAACUCCUUCGAUUUGUUCUACGAAAACAACCUGUAGAACCUUUAUAAUGAAAAAUGAAAAUUUAUCUAAUUUAUGUCCAGGGAAUUGCAAUAAAAAUUUAAUCAAUAAUGAUCGUGACCCUGAAGUCCUUGAAUCUUGUAAAUGUUCAAGCAAUUCAAGUACCAGAACAAAUAUGGAUACUCAGAAUUUCUUACAAAAGAAUUUUAACUUAAAAAGCACUAAAUUUAGAUCGAAUUUUUCCAAGAAACCAUGUUGCUCUUCGUCGACGAGCAAAACUCGAUGCCAAACUCAGGAAGACAGCAGUUACCUUCCCUCUCGACGCAAAAAUAGUUUCUGGAAAAGAUCGAUCGUCCCAGGAAGCUUCUGCAGCUCGUUUCCUGCCUUGGAUCGAAUAAAGUACCUAAUUCGCAAAAAACUCCGAAGAUUGUUGCUGGAAGAACGCGACAAAGGGACCGGAACUUCAAAGACAUACCUGAAGAACGACAGAUACUUAGUCAGUAUCUCGAGUGGAAAAUUGAACGAAGAACGUAUUUGUUCUUCCAUUCGUUGUCCAUUUACGACUAGAAAUCAAGUCGGGAAUCAAAGUUCUCAGACGACAUUCUCAGAAGGAAGUUCCUUGACGAAGAAGAAGAAGAAGAAGAAGAAAGAUACUUUUGAAGAUGGUGUUAGAGAUCGAUGCAGAAGGAUGAUCCAGGACAACGAGGUCUUCAGGAAGAUCAGACUCAGAGAGAUUUCAAGGUUUCUAGGUCAGAAGAGUGGCUCGAUGAUGGAUAAUCACAAAAUGAUUGAUGAGAAGGAGCAUUGUCCUUUUUAUCGUGAUGGAAAACGAAGAGGACGUUCCAGUAUGGAGUCUUUUGGUUCCACCAGGGUGAUUUUCUUCGACGACCUUGAUGAAACGAAACGCAAAAAUGGAAGGAAAUUUUCGAAAGGAAUUUUGAAAGAGGGAAUUGCUUCUCCAAAUAUUAUUUCUAGAAAGAAUUGUCACAGAAGAGGAAGAGAAGGAGGAGAUGCCCUAGGCGAUGAAAGACCAAGGCCUUUCGAGAAACGUUUGUUCAAAUACUAUAAAAUAGAAGACUACGACGAUGACAAUGAUUUUAUGAAUCUCCUUGGUAACUACGAGAGAAGGAUCAGUGAUUUGGAUGCUGAUUUUAGGUUGAAAUUGUUGCAGUAUGUGGCACUUUGCAGGAGUGUGAAGGAUCUGUUGAUGAAGAGGCUGCCACGACCCGAUGACGUUUACGAGGGUAGCUCGAGUUCUAUGUAGCAAAGGAUAUUGAUCUGCAAUGAAUGACAGGCCGAUGACUCGAUUGUACUAGAUGGGACAACGUGUUAAAUGGUUAACUGCACGAUAACUUGGUUCCACGAAGGAAUUUGUUUCCUGUGAUUCUGUUUAGUUCGUUUCAUGUAGUUUAAGAAUGUUAUGGGUAUUAUUUUAUUAGAUUGGCAAUUAAAUUCGUUACCAUCACAUUUUUUCCUCCAUAGGGGGGAACUGAUUAAACUUUCCCUGAUAAAUUACUAAAAUUUCACAAUAAUUUAGCAAAACUUUACUUUUUAAUGUUUAUAAUUUGUUUAUAAAAAUUUAACUUAUUUUUGGAUCAAAGUAAGUACCAUUUGAAUUAAUAAUUUUUUACCAUAUUUAUGGUAAGUUUUUUGAAUUUUGUACGUUAAAAUAGAUAAAUCACAAAUUUAAUUACCAACUUAUUAUCAUUGGCGUAACUAAGUAAGGUUCAAGGUGCCCCCCUCCCCCUCUCCAAAAUAUUGACCGGGGAGAUUACCAUUUUAGAAUUUUAGCAUUCUAAAAUUUAAAAGUUUCAAAAUUCCAGAAUUAAACAAUUGAAAAAUUCCAAUUAAAAAAUUUUUGAGGAAAAUUUCUCAUAUUUCUCACCUUAGAAUUAAAUCCUAGUUAUGCCAAUGAUGAUUAUUUACAAAAAAGAAAUGAAAGGUAAACAUUAUUAAUCUUUGAACAGUAGAGUUUGGGUCAAUCCUGGCCCAAACUUACAAAUUAUAUACAAGGAUAUUAACCUAAAGUUAAAUGAAUAUUUUUUAAACGAAAGUGUUUUAUAUGUUGGAGGGAUAAUUUUAAAAUCUCAGUGUAAAAUUUAGAAAAUAGUGGAAAAUAAUAUGAAUUAUAAAAUUAAAUUAAAAUUGUGGGUGUCUUCAUGGUCCGCUGUCCAACACCCAUUUGGAAAUUCUUCCAUUACAAAUUACUUCUGUUUUUACAAGGUAAUCAAAAAUAAAUUAGAAUAGUGUAGCGUUAGACUAUGCACGUCGUUGAUAUAUUAUGUUAUGUUUUCAAUUAUAUGACAGAACUUGAUUUUCAUCCCUUUUAAAACACAUCUAACGCAGAGAACGAACGUUUUAAUAUAUGUAUUUUAGUAUUUGUUGAAAAGAUGACUUUUUUCUUAAAAUGAAUUAUAAAUAGUUAUCAGCGUAUGUGAUAUCAAAGUUGUGAAAAUUGUUAGCAUAUUAAUUUUUAAAUUUUGCAAAAAUUGAGAUCUCAAAUUUUUAUUAUAGAGGAUGGUUAGGGUUGUUUAUUGUAAUUUGAUUCCAAAAUUGUUGUAAGUUUAUGGAAUUUUUGUUUAGUUUCAACAGUAUUUUUUAUAAGAUAAUAAUGACCCAUCAGUAGUAAAAACAAUGUGACGAAUAACGAAAUUCUUAUUUGAUAAUUCGUUCCAACGAAACAAAACUGGCUUUUCACUCUAAUUCUGCGGGGCAUAUAGGCCUCCAUAAAAACGAAAGGGUAAAGUUUGUAAGUACAUUGAUCAUCCCUUAACUGAUAUUCCUCUCAAAUGUAAAUUACGUUAUUCAAUGUAUUAAACAGUUGAUAUAAGGAAUUAAAAUUAAAGCGAGAAACAAGUAAAUAUUUUAUUACUUAUUCAUUUUUAUCACUUAGGCCUUUUUGUAGAAUACGGGUCCUAAUUUUAAUUAAUUACGCCCAAAAACCAACCGGCCCAUCGAGAAUUUUCCUGAACUCUAA